GUAUUAAAUUGCAUCUCAUUGAGUACAGUUGAUAAAAACAUUUCUAAAAACCAAUCUUAGAUUUUUGUAAUAAUUACAUAGAUAGUUGAAAUUUUGCAAGGCCAGAAAGGUACUAGGAAACUACCAUGGAAGGCACAGAAUCGACACACAAUACUAAAGUAUCAGAUUCUGCUUAUUCGAAUAGUUGUAGCAAUAGUCAGUCCCAAAGAAGUGGAAGCUCUAAAUCCAGACAAUCUGAAAGCUCUAAAUCCCGUCAAUCUGGAAGCUCUGGUAGCAGUGGUUAUGGAGGAAAACAUUCUACUGAAGUCAAUAAUGAGACGCAACAUAAUGUGAAACGGGGAAAAGACAAAGAUCGAAAAAAGAAAAAACGAAGCACUGGACAGUGUACUAGCACGUUAGAAAACGACAUAACAACAGCAGUAGACGUUGUAGCUGAAUCAGGGGUACUUUCAACUCUAGAAGUUCAAGAUGAAAAUAAUACAGAUACCAGGGAUAAAAAAGCAAGUGAAACAGCUCUUGAAAAUAAGCAAAUGACCGAGGCUCUUGGAGGAAUACCAGUACUAACAUCGAAAGUAACAGACGAUCAAGAUAAUCAAGAUGCAUUAAAUAUAAAUGUUUCUUUGGAAGCAGCUGAAAAUAUUUGCUCUACACAAGAUCAAAUCAAGCCUGAUAAAAUAGCAACUGAGGAUGGAUUUUGCUGCGUUAUAUCUAUGCACGAUGGAGUUGUUUUAUUCACGACAUCCUCGCUGACGGAAAGUCUUGGAUAUCCUAGAGAUAUGCUUCUUGGUAGAUCGUUCAUCGAUUUUAUUCAUCCUAAAGAUAGAUCAACUUUUGCAAGUCAAAUAACCAUGGGUGUUGCUCCGAUUUCCGAGUCUAAAAACGGCCAUAAAGAUACUAGGAGCUCUUUGUUUGUAUUGUUGAGAAAAUAUCGAGGUCUUAGAACAUCAGGAUAUGGAGUUACAUCAAAAGCAGUAACAUAUGAGCCUUAUCGUUUGACAUUAACAUUUCGGGAAGCGCCAGAGAAUCAACGACUUAAGAACUCUGAUAUCACUUCUGCCAACACCAAUAUAUUGCUAGUAAUUUCGGCUACUCCGGUCAGAAGUAUAUAUAAAGUUACAGAUGAGUCCAUUUGCAGUAAUUCGAAAAAAUUUUACAUAAGACACACCGCCUCUGGUGUUAUUAGCUACAUAGAUGGACAAGCUGUAGGACUUGUCGGGUACUUACCCCAAGACUUAGUUGGAAAAAACAUAAUGGAUUAUUAUCAUCCAGAAGACUUGCCACUGCUAAAGGAAGUAUACGAAACAGUUAUGAAGAAAGCUCACACUGGCGUUAGUUUUUUCAGCAAACCAUAUCGGUUUCUCACAAAUAACGCUAACUGGGUAGCUCUUGAAACAGAGUUCACGAGUUUUGUUAAUCCAUGGUCGAAAAAAUUGGAGUUUGUAAUAGGUCAUAAUCGUGUUUUGAAAGGACCAAAAAAUAUCAAUAUAUUUGAUAAGUCUUCUGAGCCUGAACAACAAUUUUCGGAAGAAGUUUUGGCUAAGCGUAAAAGUAUCCAAGAUGAUAUAUUAAAUUUGCUCUCUGAAGCAGUAACAAGAUCAUCUGAUACAGUUAAACAAGUUGUUUCGAAAAGAUGCCAAGCAUUGGCGUCUUUCAUGGAAUCACUUCUGGAUGACAUAAACCGUAAAGAUUUAGAUGUUCAAAUUGAGUCAGAUGUUACGUUUUCGGAGCGGGAUUCUGUUAUGCUCGGUGAGAUUUCACCCCAUCAUGAAAACUGGCAAGAUUCUAAGAGUUCAUCAGAGACGCCGCCAAGUUACACUCAAUUAAACUAUAAUGAAAAUUUACAAAGGUUUUUUGACUCGCAUCCCAUUACAACAACUGAAAACAACCAUAUUGAAAAUAUAGAGACCAACGAAGUCAGAUCUGGCGAUGCGAGAACUAACGUUAGUCCUGUACACGGCUAUGGAGAAAAUGAUUCCGGAGGUAAUCUAAGUUCUGGCAGUAAUGUUCAUAUGGAAAGUAUAACAAAUACUAGUAAUACAGGAACUGGAACAUCUAGUGGAUCUUAUCAACCCCCAACAUUGACACAAGAAUUACUGUGCAAACAUAACGAAGAUAUGGAAAAAAACAUGAUAAAAAGACACAAAGUAUCUCGAUUGAGUGGUCGUUUAGCAGAGAAGGUGAAAAAAGCGCCGGAUAAAACAAUACAACAUGGUGUUAAGCGAAGUGGAAGUCAUUCGUGGGAAGGCGAGGCGCAUAAAUCAUCUAAGCAUGAUCAUUUUACAGAAACAAGAAGAGAACAGAAUAUCGAUACUGCAACUAACAUGGCAGGCAAGUUCAAUGCGCAACAAGCUUGCUCCCGAAGUAUAGAUCCUUGGCCACCAUUUUCUGUGACAACGAUUCAGGGAUCCAGCCUGAAUAAUCAAAUAAACAACCGCGGAUUUAUGCCAACCGUAUAUUACAUACCUGCACCACAAACAACAAAUAAUAUAGAGCAGACAAAGUCAACAGGAUAUCAAACAUUACAAUAUAUGACGGGUGUUCUCUAUCCUUCAUUUAAUGUAUCACAACCGCAUCUUAUGUAUCAACCAGUUAUUUAUCAGCCCAUGCCAUUCCAACCACUGCCUACUCCAUCAAAUGUUGGUACUCAACCGAAUACAUCAAUGAAUUUCACUCCUGCUGUUAAUGAUAAAAUUCUAAUGCCAAUGUGCCAAUCAUUGACUACACAAACAACGGGAAAUGGUACUCAAAUUCAAAAUUCAUUUCAAAGACCGCCGUCACAAGCUACAUCAGUAAAAGCUGAACCAGGAUCAAAUAUGGGAAGCAUAGCGUCAAUUGUAAAUUGCAGAGCGCUUUCCGAAUCACCCAAAAGAAUAGUAGAUGAUGAAGAAUGCUCAGACGAAAACAAAGCUAAUGCACAAAACAGAGCUGGUGAAGAAACUAAUGGAACCAGUGAUAACAUGGAUAAAUCCUCUUAUUCGUCAUUUUAUUCGUCUUUCUUAAGGACCGAGGGCUCGUCAACAGAAGAGCGUCAAGAUGCUGAAAAUAAUUCUAUUAAGCAAAAAAAGGAGCUAACAAAACAAAUUACGAGACCACCACCUUCAUGGUUGGAAGGAAUUUCAAUCACCUCAGAGCUUAUUUAUCGUUAUCAGAUAGCCGAAAAAACCGUUAAAGAUGUAUUGACAUCAGAUAUGGCCAUGUUAAAAGGGAUAAAUCAGCCAAGUUUGGUCAAUGAACAACUAGAUCAGUUAUACUUGGAUCUUGAAUUGGAAGGCUUAUCAGCAAGACUGUCAUUUGGGGAGUCUUCAAGUAGCGGAAGUAGUGGUGAAGAGGAAAAUUCAUUGAAAAUGAGAGCGAAACGAUUCAAGUAUGGAAGAAUUGUCAUGAUAUAUGAAGAAAAUGCUCCUUUGCCACCCACUUAACUUUAAAAGCAUAGAGAAAAAUUAUAAAUAAAAGCAAAGAUAUGAAUGAACAUGGCAAAAGGAGAAAUUUUGUCGAACAAAUAAAUAUUACCCAAAUUACCAUUAGUUUCACAUACAUUCACUUAUUGUUAAAUUGAUGAAUCAAGUUUAUUGGUGUAAAAGAAUUUUUUAAAAAAA